GUGGCCUGGGCGGAGGGGGAGGCGCCGCUCGCUGGGAGGAGACUUGUGCGCAACCCCCCCCUCCCCUUUCUCGCCGGGCUCUGGGGGACCAUGGGCGGCUGAGGGGAGCCGAGCCCCGGGCGGCCGAGCCGGCGGCCAUGGCUGAGGAUUACUGGGACCCGCAGCAGCAGCGCUGAGCCCCCUGCAGCGGCAGCCAGGCCUGUGGUGUCCUCUCCCCUCCGUGCAGCAGCCCCAGCCCUGGCCCCACCAUGGAUCGGAUGAAGAAGAUCAAGAGGCAGCUCUCAAUGACCCUGCGGGGGAGCCGGACAGCCGAGAAGAACCUCAAUGAGCAGAUCAACAUCGAGGAGAACAACAGCAGUGACACCGGCCUGGCGGGGAAGAGCGGGCGUCCCUGGGGCGCCUCGCGCAGCGUCUAUUCCUUCCUGCAGCGCCGGCCGCGCCCGGGCAUGACCCGCAGCCUGAGCGCCCACCUCGCCCGUGCCAGCCGACUAGAGAUGGUGCAGGAGGAUGUGAAGAUGGGCUCCGAUGGGGAGAGCGACCAGGCGUCCGGCACCUCGUCCGACGAGGUCCAGUCCCCCGUGCGCGUCCGCAUGCGCCACAGCUCGGCCCGCAAGAUCUCCUCCGAGGACAUCAACAAGCGGCUCUCGCUGCCGGCCGACAUCCGCCUGCCCGAGGGCUGCCUGGAGAAGCUGGCGCUGAACAGCCCCUUGUUCGAGCAGCCCCUCAGCCGGCGCCUGCGCCGCGUCUCGCUGUCUGAGAUCGGCUUCGGGAAGCUGGAGACCUACAUGAAGCUGGACAAACUGGGAGAGGGGACGUACGCCACCGUCUAUAAGGGCAAGAGCAAACUGACAGACAACCUGGUGGCGCUGAAGGAAAUUCGCCUGGAGCACGAGGAGGGGGCGCCCUGCACAGCCAUCCGGGAAGUGUCCCUGCUGAAGGACCUGAAACACGCCAACAUCGUCACCCUGCACGACAUCAUCCACACGGAGAAGUCGCUGACCCUGGUCUUCGAGUACCUGGACAAGGACCUGAAGCAGUACCUGGACGACUGCGGCAACCUCAUCAACAUGCACAACGUCAAGCUCUUCCUGUUCCAGCUGCUGCGGGGCCUGGCGUACUGCCACCGCCAGAAGGUGCUGCACCGCGACCUCAAACCCCAGAACCUGCUCAUCAACGAGCGGGGCGAGCUCAAGCUGGCCGACUUCGGUCUAGCGCGGGCCAAGUCCAUCCCCACCAAGACGUACUCCAACGAGGUGGUGACGCUCUGGUACCGGCCCCCCGACAUCCUGCUGGGCUCCACCGAGUACUCCACGCAGAUCGACAUGUGGGGCGUGGGCUGCAUAUUCUACGAGAUGUCCACGGGCCGCCCGCUCUUCCCUGGCUCCACUGUGGAGGAACAACUGCACUUUAUCUUCCGCAUCCUCGGGACCCCCAACGAGGAGACGUGGCCAGGGAUCCUGUCCAACGAGGAGUUCCGAUCCUACAAGUACCCCAAGUACCGGCCUGAGGCCCUUCUCAACCACGCGCCCAGGCUGGACAGUGAUGGAGCCGACCUGCUGGGGAAACUGCUGCAGUUCGAGGGGCGGAAGCGGAUGUCAGCGGCCGAGGCCAUGGGGCACCACUUCUUCCACUGCCUGGGCGAGCGUGUCACCAAGCUCCCGGACACCACGUCCAUAUUUGCACUAAAAGAGAUUCAGCUACAGAAGGAGACGGGGCUGCGCUCAGCUUCGCUGCCUGACUCAGGGGGCGCCGCCUUCCGGGUAGUGGACACUGAAUUUUAGCCUUCGGGUCAGUGAACGGGCAGAACGGACGGCCCAGCUUACUGUUGUGACCCCGCCGAGCCACAGUGACGGGGAGGGGCGGGGGCUGGACUGACAUUACCCCCCCCCCACCCCCCCAGCCGAGACUCUGCCCCUUUGGUUGGACGCUGCCUUUGGGGCCGGGACUCGGACCAUGCCCCACGGCCGGGGGGGGCCUUGAUCCCCUUCUGGGGGAGGGGCGGUGCCGGCUGGACGGCAGAUGCCCCCCCCCCAUGUUGUUUAAGUUUUAUUUUUUCAAGGCAAUAUUAUAAAUAUAGAGAAAUAAUAAUCUAUAGCCCCCCCCUCGCCGGGAGGGAUGGGCAUUGGGGGACAGCCCCCCGGAGUUAUGUUUCCAUGGAGAUGUGUUUGAUUCUGCCCUGCUGUGGGGGAGGCGGCUGCAACCCCUCCUGUACCCCCCAGGUUCAGUGGGGGGAUUGAUCCAGGGGGUUAUAUUCUGUGGUCACUCGCCCCCUGCCCCAAAUCCUCCUCUCCUGUCCCCCACACCCGCUGAGCUGUGGGGACAGAAGUCUUCCAGAUGUGGGGGAAAUGGGGGCGGGGAGGGGCUGCUGUUGCAGAUGCGUGUGUGCGGGGGGGGGUACCCCAGCUGUGGUAGGUCCCUUUGCAGCAGUGUGUGUGUGGGGGUCCCUGACAGUCUGCAACCCCUCCACAUCCGAGUGAUGCGUCCCUAAGGAGUCCCUUUGCCUCCCCGAAGCCCAGCAUGUCCCCUUUCCGCGGGGCUUAGCUCCGCCCCCACGUCCUGUUGGGUCAGCAUGUGGGGUGAACGCUGGCUGACGCCAGUGAGUUCAGUGGGGCGGCUGCCAGCUCCCCUUCCCCACUUAGUACUCAGGGCUCACUUUCUCCCAGCCCUUACUCCUAGGGUACUCGGCCCUUACUCUGCCCCCACUCCCCUGCUCCUCAGUCCUUAGUCUAGCCCUGUUUCUAUGUUACUCGGCCCGUACUCCUACGGUACUCGGCCCUUACUCUGCCCCCACUCCCCUGCUCCUCAGUCCUUAGUCUAGCCCUGUUUCUAUGUUACUCGGCCCGUACUCCUAGGGUACUCGGCCCUUACUCUGCCCCCACUGCUCUGUUCCUCAGUCCUUAGUCUAGCCCUGUUUCUAUGUUACUCGGCCCGUACUCCUACGGUACUCGGCCCUUACUCUGCCCCCACUCCCCUGCUCCUCAGUCCUUAGCCCCUUACUCACUCAUGUUACUCAGCCCUUACUCCUACAUUACUUAGCCCUUACUCUGGCUCUACUUCCAUGUUACUCAGCCCUUACUCCUACAUAGCUCAGCCCUUACUCUGCCCCACUCAUGUUACUCUACCCCUAUUCUCAUGACACUCUCCUCCUACUACCUUGUAACUCUGUCCCACUCCCAUGUUACUCAGUCCCUACUCACACGAUACUGUCUGUACUCCCAUAUUACUUAGCCCUUACUUGACCCCCUACUCAGAUGAUACUUAGCCCUACUCAGUCCUUACACAAAUGUUACUCGGCCCCCUACUCUGCUCUUACUUGGCCCGUACUCAAUCCAUAGUCAAAUCUUACACAGUCUCUUGGCCUCUUAUUUGGCUCCUACUCAAAUGUUACUCAGCUCUCACUCAGCCCCUCCUGAGAUCUUACUCAGUCCCUCCUCAGCUGUUACAUAACUGCUCACCUGUAGUCAGCCCCUAGCAUGCUCCUGACUCAGCCCCUCCUCAGUCACUUCCCAGACUCUGCUCAGUCCUUACUCCCAUCCCUAGUCUUUACUUAGUCCUUACUCAGACGUUACUUCACAUCCUCUCACUAUGAACUCAGCCCCUACUCGACUGUUACUCUCUACUCAGUGUUUGGUCCAUGCUCAGGUGUUACUUGGCCUAACAUUAUUCCGUGGUUACUGAGGCCCUACUCAUCUGUUACUCAGCCCUUACCCAGUCUGAGUUUACCUGUUACUCCCAUCCCUGCUCAAACCUGACAGUGUCUUUAUUCCGACAUUACUCCAUCCUUACUUGAGCUUUACUCCGUCCAGAGCUGGUUGCUCACACAUUACUUGUUCCUUACUCCAUAAAUCCAGAGGGUGGUUGGAGUAUCACGGGGUGAUCUGGAGUAACAGAAAUGAAACUCGCUAGGCCACAGUGAGGGGACUAGGAAGAAUUUUGGCCGGGAGCUCCCAGAGAGACCUGGGCGCGUGGGACGCUCACAGGGUGACGCUGACCCCACAGCUGUGCAAAUGGCGGGUGCAGGUGAGGGAUUUCCACCGGAGCCUGAGCCUGGGCACAGCGCUGGCCACCCAUGUUGCAGGAAGAAGAGCUGAGGCGCAAUGAGGGCGGCUGGGACGGCCGGGAGCAGGUUAGCUGACAGCUCUGGCUGAGGUGGGUCCCGCUGGUCUCGCCGUAAAUAUGUGGGGAGGACGAGGAGGGGCUGGAGCAGCAGCGAGGGCCAGAUGCCCUGGCUAGCGGGACGCUCCUCCUGACUCAGCUCAGGACGGCCUGAGCUCCUGAGGUAGCAACACCAGCUGGAAUCAUGGAGCCGCUGGCCCAGGCGGCCCAUCCAGGCCUGGGCGCGUACUCAUAUGAUCCUCGGGCUUUCCAACCUCUAAUCAGUCUGGUUUUAGUUUUUACCCAGUCUUCAGUCAAAUGUGCCGCAGGUGGGACAUGUUACUCAGCCAUUGCGCUGUAUUUACUCCAUCCCUACUCUUGUUACCCUGCCAGUACUCAGCUGUGAGUCCCUACCCAGCCCCUACUUAGUCUUAGCCUAGAUGUUACUCGGUCCUUACUCAAAUGCUACUCUGCCCCUACUCAGUCUUAUCUUAAAUGUUACUCACCCCUACUGCAAAUGUUAGUUGGUUCUUACCCAGAAAGUACUCCAUCCUUACAGUCCCAACUUAGUUGUUGUUGUUCAGUCCUUACUCAAAGAGUAAUCUGACCCUACUAAAAUGUUACUACCUCCUUACUCAAACACUAAUUGGUCCGUACUGAAACACUACUCCAUUAGUUCUCAAAUGUUACUCAGUCCCUACUCAGUCUUAACCUUAGAUAGUACUUAUUUUUACUCAAAAGUUAUUGCAUCCUUACUCACUCCUGAAUCAAAUGUUACUCGGUCCAUACCUAGCCCUUACUUUGGCUUAGUUGAUUUGUUACUCCUUCCUUACUCAAAUGGUACUUGGUCCCUUUCCAGCACCUACUCGGUCUUACCUUAGUGGGUUCUCAGUCCUUAAUCAAACACUACUCAGCCAUUACUCUGUCCUUACUUGUUACUCAGGCAAAUCCCUCCUUGUCUCUGCUCUAGUCCAACACUGCUCAGGAUUGGACCCUGUGUCUCCUUCCAGCUGGAUCCUGCAGGCCCCCCUCCCCAGCACUCCCUGAUGGACCCCGGCCAGGCUGUCCCACCCAGAGGGCUCUGUGUGCUCCUGGUGCCCCCUAGUGGCUAGGAAGGAUCGACUGCAGUUGGAGGGGCCAAGCUUUUAACUCAGGGGUAAAGGCUGGGGAUUUGAACCCUGCUGUGGGAGUGUCAGUUUGAAGGCGGUCUCUAUAUCCCCCAGGCAGUGCGCCCCCCACCUCUCUCUCUAUAUUGUGUGUGUGUGUGCGUGUAUAUAUGUACAUAUCUAGCCUUUUUUAUAUGCAGCAUGUAGUGCUUGUGGGAUGGAAAGACUUUCUCUGCAAGAGCCAUACCCAUAGUAAUAAAAAUGACAAUGCCCCCCAGCUGAGCUGCAACCACCUCUGGGGGGGGGCAGCAGGGAACGGCCGCACGUAACGUCGCACGGGAAGGGCUUGGCCAGCACUGAGAUGUAGCCAGCUCUCCACGUGGAUCAGAAUGGUCCCCCUGUUCCUCACCUCUGCCCCCCUGCUCGGACCCAUAAGGCUAAAGAUGUCGUCCCUGGUGGGGCGGUGUUUGAUAACCCUUUCUCUGCUGGGCACCUGGCAGGGCUGGGGCUUGGGGAGUGUAGCCGGGAGGUGGUGGGGGCAGUGCCAGGGGGGUGGGUUUGGUCUGGGAUCCAUUCCUGGAAGGUGGUGGGUUCUGCUGUGUGGAACCGGAUCUCUGUGCACAGAGGAGGGAGGGAUCCCAGCCGUGAACCCUGCAUGAAGGGGGAAUCCCAUGUCACAUCCCUGCAUGAGUAGGAGGGCUGGAUCCUAGCUGGAGAGGAGGGGGGUUAAGACCAGAUCCCUGCUAGGAGGAGGGAGGGAUCCCAGAGUGGAUCCCUACAUGCAGAGGAAGAGGAUUCCAUAAUGGAUCCAUACAGGUGGAGGAGGGAGGGAUCUUGGAGAGGAGGGGAUCCCUGAGGAUCCCUGGGCAUUGAGGAGGAGGAUGCCAUAGUAGAUCCCUGCAUGGAAAGGGGGACCCUGCACUAGAUUUCCAUGCCCGGGGGGCCCUGCACUGGCCCAGAGUGGAUUCAGUAGGGACACAGCCCCCUCCCCUGCCAGCCAUGUCCUCCCCAGGCCUGUGGAUGGGGGUGGGGUCUGUGACGGGGGGGCUUUGGCUCAGCAGGCAAAGGGUUAACCUGCCUAUGCAUAUCAAUGUUUGCGGGGGGGCUCCCUCGUUUUCUGUCGGGGGUGAGAGAUUGUUCUGCGUUCAAUGUAUGGAAAUUAUUAAAGUCUCCAUGGAA